AUGAAGUGGUGGUAUCGUGUGGACACUUUUAUCGAUACGUGGCGACCGUUACAUCGGGUAAUGCGAUGGUUCUGCCAUCUUCAAGCCACGGUCGAUUUUCGAGAUCUCACAAUCUCUCGAACCGUUCAAGAUCAUGUGCGACUCAUUAUUGGAUCACUUAUGUAUGUGAUCUUUGGGAUUUCAAUGCAUGAAAGUUUUCUAGAAGAACUUUCAGACUACAACGAUACGGCAAUAAUCAGCCUAGGGAUGUACACAUUGCUAAUUUUGCAUAUGGUGUCGAGAUUGAUGGCAUUGGUACUGGACUACGUCUAUGCGUUUGAGAAAAUUCAAACGGGCCUAGCCGUCAGCCGAUAUGAUUUUGAGCUGCAAAACUCUUUUGGUUUCAGUUGGAACUACCAAAAGGAUCAUCUAAUCAAAUACUUUCAAACAUCAGUGACUGACAGCCGGCAGCACCAUUUGUCUGCGGAGGAGUCCUCCCGGAUGCUUCGGAAAUUCAUCGUGCUUCACAACCAGCUCUGUGAUAUGAUGAACAAAUUCAACCACAGCCAUUCGAUUCAGAUUAUGUUUGGAUUGGCUACGUGUUUUGGAUUUACAACGUUUGCUCUUUUUGGGAUGAUCCAUUCCUAUGCUGCCAAUGCCCAGGAUAAAACCAAACGUCUGGCACUGUCGAACUUUGUCUACGAAGCUUUUUACCUGAGCUAUAUGGUUCAAAUUGUGGUGUACUCUAGCUUGCUUAAUAUGGAGAGUAGAAAUCUAUCAGUCACAGUGAAUAAAAUUAUAAGCUACGGUAAACAUGAUCGGAAAACGCUUAGAGAGCUACGGUACUUUUCGCAACAGCUCUGGCACAAUGUGCCCAAAAUGUCCUGUGGGCUGUUCGACAUUGAUUGGGAACUGUUUUAUACGAUUGCAGGAUCGCUCACUACCUACUUAAUCAUUCUGGUGCAGUUUGAUUUGACAAAUUUUAAUUACGGAGGACUGUGA